GGUAGUGGUAGUGGUUUGAAUUAAGUAUCUUCUGCAGCCUGGGGUGUUUGAAUUCUUGUUUCCUAGUAGAUGGUGCUAUUUUGGGUGGACUAGGGAGGUGUUGCAGUGCUAGAGAAAAUGUUUCACUGGGAGGGGGCAGCGGGCUUUGGGGUGACAGGGAUGUAAGUGAACAGUCAGCCUCCUGGGUGGGUGGAUUAGUACUUCCUGAUUUCCUCAGCGAACUGGCUAGUAGGAGAGAAUGUUUUCUGAUGACACUGUGGUUGCCAUGACAACGGGGACAAGUCAUUCUUUCCUGGUUACAGAUACAUUUGUGAAGGACACUCACAGGCUGGAGAGGUAGAAUGACUAGACAGACACGCAAGGCAUGUAGGAUGACCCUGUUUGUGUGACAGCACCUUACCCUGGAUAGUUGCCGCUUGCUCGCUCGUGUUGUCUGAGAGAGAAGCUGGGAGGCAUUUGAGGAGGAGGAGAUAUCCGUGUGACAAGGCCCAGGACUCCAAGGGGGUUGGAUCAGAGGAAACCAACACCAGGAGAUGACACAGCCUCCUAGGAUGAAGAGCCACUGUCUCUGUGAUCCCUAAGUUGAACUCCAUACCUCCACAGUACACGUGUGCUAUUGCAUCAUCCAGAAGGAUAAGCGCGUACCACCCUGAGCGACUUCGGUCAGUUCAAACUUCUCUACCAGAUUCUGGAGGGAGAGCAGCGCCACAGGCAGGAGAGCAGAGCCAGAGAGGACCGGCGGGCAGUCACAACAGUGCCCAGAACAACCAAAGGAGUCACCCUGUCCUGAUCAGCACAGCCCCAGAGUUCAGUCACCAUGGACUCGUCAGAAUAUGUACUCUGUGGCUGGAAGAGCCAGCUGUGUCCUGCAAGGGUGUUGUCCAGACCCAGGACCCCAGCCCAUAGUAAGAGGAGAGGGGUGCCCUUCCUGGAGGUCCAAAUACUGCCUGUGGGUGAGAAGAGGAGAGUGAGGAGCUCCAAGGUGAGGCCCCUAGCCAAGUCUGAAAUCAUAAGCAUCAACUCCUUGGCAGGAAAGGAGUCACGGGGCAGGGGCUCGCCAGGGCAGACCAGGGCAUCCAGGAGAGCCCUCAAGGUGGCCCUGGAUGGUCUGGGUGAGGGAAGCAGCUUCUUUCAAGGAGGAAGAGCAGGUAGCCGAAGAACCAGCACCUUGGCUCCAAAGGUUCCAAAAGAGCAGGCCAGCUCCAGCAGCUCCAGCCUAGGCCAGCGCCUGCGCCUGCGCCUGCGCCAGCUUCUGCCCCUGAGCCUGUGCCAGCGCCUGCACCUACACCUGCGCCUGCGUCUGCACCUGCACAUGCACCUGUGCCUCCAGGGGCGCAACCAGAAAGGCCAAGGGCUCUCCCAGAGGAGUCCUGGGAAGCGGGUCCGCCCGGAUCCAGGUCCUGUGAUGAUGGGCUCGCAGAAUGUGCCUGCAGUGCCUGUGGGGGAAGCCCAGGCCCACACUGCUGCAGGCCUCCCGCGCUCUGAAGUGGAAGGGGAUGUGUUAAGAGGCACCAGAGUGUGGCCAAGUUACUCAAAGAAGACACCCUUGGGAAAAGCUGGCGGUAAUCCAGGGAAGAGAAAGCCAGGCACAGGGAAGAGAAAGCUCAGGUCUUUGAGUGCCCCAGCCUCCAGGAAGGGUACCCGAUCUAAAACCGAGCAGCAGGCUGCCUCUGGGCCACCGAGGCACAUCUCUAUCUCACCCAAAGCCCUCAAACAACGAGUUCGGUGUGCUGGCUUAGAGAUCCGGGCAGCUGGAGCCCAAAGAAAGACCGCCCUCGCAGAGAACAAGGACCAUCCUGGCUUGGGGACCCCGAAGCCAGACUCAAAGCGGGCAUCUGCAGCCUGCAUGCCCCCAGUCCUGAGGCUACGCAGGUCACUCCGCAUAGCUAGUCGAAAAAAGAAGACCCAUGUGCUGUGUGCCCUGUGUGGGCUCCCAGAAUGGGAACCCCAAGUGCACUCAAAGGUGACCAACACCAGGUUCAAGAGGAGAGGGGCCCGAGUUCAGAAAGAUGCCAAAGCCACCAAUGUGGUUUCUGCCCAGGAGCCCAGCACCAUUGAGCAAGGAACGCUGGUUUGGUUCAAAUUUCAGGACCUUCCUUUCUGGCCAGCAGUGGUCAAGAGUGUCAGCAAAAUCGACAAGAUGGCGAGGGUGCUGUUGAUCGAGGGCAACAUGCAGUUUGAGCGCAGGGGUAUCCGUGUCCCUCUCCGCAAGUUGAAGCACCUGGACUGUGGGGAGAAAGUAUCACUUGUGAGGAGAGCCAGCAGACUGUACGCCCAGGGCAUCAACUGGUGCUUCUCAGUGAUCGACCACUACAGAGAGGGCCUCUCCCGUGGCUCCUUACUGGGCUCCUUUAUGGACUACUACACCACCCAAGCCAGUUACCCGCUAAGGAGAGCCGUCCAGGAGGGUGACCUGCACAUCGAUUUCCCCAAGGUGAGCUAUGCUGAAUUGGAAGAUUGGGAGGAGGAGACCGCCCUGGGUGGGAAGGGGCCCUACAAGAAACUCCUGCCCGACCGCAUGAGGGCCGCUUGGGACAGAGCCAACCAGAAGCUCGUGGACUUCAUCGUGAAGAGAAAGGGGGCCGACCAGCACCUGCUGGACAUCGUGAAGGGCAGAAAACCCUCCAGGUGGCUGGACGAUCUUUGGAAAUCAAAGAGGGAAGUCUUCUGCAUUGAGACCUACCUGGAGGACGAUGACCAGCUGCAUCUCGUGGCCAGACAUUUGCAAGAAGUGGCCAAGGAAGCAGACGAGGCCCUGCUCUCGCUGGCAAGAGGAGACAAAGUGAGGUUUACCAUGGAAGUUCUUUUUCCAGAAGCCAUCAUCUACUCCAUCGCUGCCCUGGAUGAGCUCAGCUACAAGGAGGCAGAAGAGAAGUACCUGCGUGGCCCACCCGUGCACUACCGUGAGAAAGAGCUAUUCGACAAGACCAUCUUAAAGGCGGCCAGGAAGAGGUCAGCAGCCAGGAUUCGGGCUGCCAGGGACCCUCCUGUGCCCACUCCUUAGAAGGGAUCGUCCUCCUUUCAGCUGUCACCCCUGAGGCUCCCAAGACAGGAGACAGGAAGUGCCUCCAAACUGGAACAUCUGGGAGACCGUGGGGGCACACAAUGGCUGCUGUCAAAGCUCCUCACUAAGUGUUUCUUUACCCCCUCGAAAUAAAUGUUCACGUUCCUGCUUGACAGUG